GGCAGCGGCGGGUCCCGCCGGCGGGCGCUGAGGGGAGCGCGCGGCGCCGCCACCCCGGCCCGCCCCGGCCCCGGCCCCGCCAUGACCGACUUCAAGCUGGGCAUCGUGCGGCUCGGCCGGGUGGCCGGCAAGACCAAGUACACGCUGAUCGACGAGCAGGACAUCCCGCUGGUGGAGAGCUACUCCUUCGAGGCUCGGAUGGAGGUAGAUGCUGAUGGAAAUGGUGCUAAAAUCUUCGCUUAUGCCUUCGACAAAAACCGUGGACGGGGAUCUGGCCGCCUGCUGCAUGAGCUGCUCUGGGAGAGGCACCGGGGAGGGAUUGCUCCUGGCUUUCAGGUGGUGCAUCUGAAUUCGGUGACAGUGGACAACCGCCUGGACAAUCUGCGCCUGGUUCCGUGGGGCUGGAAGCCCAAAGCUGAAGAAAUCUCUAGCAAACAAAGGGAACAAAGCCUGUACUGGCUGGCAAUCCAGCAGCUCCCCACAGACCCCAUAGAGGAGCAGUUUCCUGUCCUGAAUGUAACGCGCUACUACAACGCCAACGGGGAUGUGGUGGAGGAGGAGGAGAACUCCUGCACUUACUAUGAAUGUCACUACCCUCCCUGCACGAUGAUUGAAAAGCAGUUACGUGAGUUCAACAUCUGUGGGCGCUGCCAGGUGGCCAGGUACUGCGGGUCGCAGUGCCAGCAGAAGGAUUGGCCUGCUCACAAGAAGCACUGUCGGGAGAAGAAGAGAACCUUCCAGCAGGAGCUGGGCCCAGAGCGGUGACCGGGUGGCACAGGGCCUCUCAGCAGCAGGAUUCCUUCUCAAAGGCAUUUGGACUCUUGCUUUUGCACAGUAAUGACAGACUGCUCAUCGAAGCCAGAGGCACUGAAGAAAACAAAACACAAACCCUGUGAUGCUUGAGCAGAACGGCUUUGACUGGUGCUGUGGAAAGGGCUUGGGUCUACCCUUCCAGUAUUAAUAUUCUCAAGCAAAAAGACUACUGUGGAGGCUCCGGGCAGGAAGCUUCUCCUUUAUUUAUAUGUUAAUACCUUUGUAAACUCAUGUACAGUUGGGUUGUUUUUUUUUUGGUUAGGAAUUCUUGCUAGGACUCAGUAACUGUAAUGUUCAGAUGAGAACAUGUUGUUGGCUUCAAAAGUUGAAAACAAACAGAGAAAAAAGCCCCCCAAAACCAAGAAUCAUGUAGCAAAAGCUUUUCCUCCUGUGUGGCUAGAAGUGUCCGUGGCAGUGCCAGGGCCAGAAGGCAGGCUCUGGCCUCAGCAAUUCGUCUGCAGAACUCUGCAUGGAAGUUUUCUUGAGCAAAACCAAAACCCCACAGACACACCAAAAAAAAAGGGGGGGCAAACCAAGUAAAGGUUGGAAUGAA